AUGGUAAGUUUAUUUUGGAUGUUUGAAAUAACUACAAACCCAGAUUCGAACACACUCAACGACCAGAACAAAAGACACACACUAAAUGUGAACACGGAAAAGAUUGCUAACAAAGAUAUGGUGACUAGUAUGAAAUCUUCCACAUGUGUAUUCCCAGAUGUGAAUAUCUUUGAGCCCAGCGUCGUAGCAAUUGCUGGAUUAAAUCUCUCAACACUGCAGUGUGACGAAUUUUACCUCCCCGAUCUAACGUACAUACAAGAUACAACGAUUAUUGUGAAUACCAGCAAGGUUCAGCAAUAUCACGGUAACGGCACAUUCCAGCACUGUAAAUAUCGUCACAUCUGGAGAAACGACAGCGAUGAUAAUAGCUACAUAUACAGUGAUUGGUCGGAUCCUUUCACAGACAAGAUACAACUUCCUAGAAAUUCGGAGUUUGUAAGAGUGCAAUGCUGGAAUAUCCGAUCUGAACUAGUCUCCAACACCUACAUGUGUCUGGUUCCAAGAAAAGAGGAAUUUGAUGGCCUCUACUUAGCGAGUCUAAAGAAGCGAGAAGUCGAGUCAGCGCCGAAAGAAACUUUGAAUGUUGUUAUGAUUGUAAUGGACUCGUUACAAAGAAAUCAGUUAAUCAGAGGCUGUAAUGAGACAUAUGCUUAUUUGAUGAACACUCUAAAAUCAUUUGAUCUAACAAUGCACUCACAGCUGGCCAAAAACACGUUUCCAAAUUUCAUGCCAUUGUUUACAGAUCACUUUGAGCAUGAAAUCGACAGAUGGUGGAACAAAUCUCUACCUAUGGACGCUUAUGAUAUGAUUUGGUACGCGUUUGAGAAAGCGGGUUAUCGCACGACAUACGCAGAGAGCAGUGACUGGGGCGCUUUUCACUGGCAGCGUAAAGGUUUCAUACAACCAUUUUCAAGAUUCUAUCCCCGACCACUCGACUUGGCGCUGAAUGAUGAUAAAAGCCUUGGGCCGCUGUCGAAAUAUUGUGCCGGCAGUCAGCUGCAUCUCAACUUUCGUCUAAAUUACAUUGGGCGUCUUCUAGACACAUUUUCAGACAAGCCAGUGUUUGCUGUAGGAAUGAUGAGUAAAGAAACACACGAUGACCAAUCAUAUGCAAAAUAUUUCGAUGAGCACCUUUUGAACUUCUAUAAGUGGAUGAGAGCUAAGGGUCACCUAAAUAGAACACUAGUGGUAGCUCUUUCAGAUCACGGAACCAGAUGGGGAAAGUUUAGAGAUUCCGUCAAUGGACACUUCGAAAGUCGGACACCAUUCACUAUUCUAACAUUUCCAGAAUGGUUUUUGAAGAAAUACCCAGACGUUGCUGAAAACUUACGAAUAAACACCAAACGUUUGACGUCACAUUUCGACACUCACGCAACUCUUCUAGACUUGCUGUACUUCAAGAGCGAUUACCCGCCCCCACUUCCUCCAAACAGAUAUGGCCUGAGUCUUCUCAAAGAGAUUCCCUGGAAUAGAACCUGUAAAGAAGCUUCCAUACCUGCAGAAUUCUGCAUGUGUGGCUACAGGGAAGUUGAAGACAUCGAUAUCCAUUCUGAGUUGUCCAAACAUUUAUCACAUUUGUUGAUAAAGUCAAUUAACGAAAUGAUAGAAAAUGUAUGUGCUCAAUAUAAAUUAACGCAAACCAUACGUGUCGUAAAAGUUAUUUUCCAAGGAUCAGACACACAGAAACAGCAAGGCGAUGCCUUGUAUAAAGUGACAGUAAAAGCAGAUCCAGGAGGUGCUAUAUUCGAGGCUUACAAAGAAGUUACAGGAAUUCAGAAUCCUUGGACAUUUGCAAAUUACAUCUUCCGACUUAAUUCUUACAAAGGCCAAUCAGAUUGUGCACAACACCCUUUAAUUAAGCCGAUGUGUUAUUGUAAAAAUUUGUUAGGAUAA